GGAACUCAGGUAUGGCAGUGGGCAAAUCUUUUUCCCCACUGAUGGAAAAGUUUAUUGAGUUCUUGGUAAACAUCCUUGCGUCUUUAAAUAAGGAAACAAUAAUAAUUUUGUCAUAUUUCUGUAGCAAACCACAAAAAUAUGUUCUACAGUCCACUCAGUCUUUCUCCGCUCUCUUGUGCUUGUCUGCCUUUCAGGAUUCGUCAGGAUCUUUUUGUGUGACUGGUGCAAGCCUCCCUUCCAGAAGAACUGCCCAUCCCUGUCUCCUUGGGAACAGCCGAAGGGGGUGCGGAGUGACAAAAAUUUAUGUUUUCAUCAAGCCGGACCAAGGAGAAUGGGGGUCCCGCACCCAAAAGAAUGAAGACACGACAGAACAAGGACUCAAUGUCAAUGCGGAGUGGACGGAAGAAAGAGACUCCAGGGCCCCGAGAGGAACUCAGGUCACGGGGUCGAGCUUCCCCCGGGGGCGUCAGCACCUCCAGCAGUGAUGGCAAGGCUGAGAAAUCCCGACAAGCGACAAAGAAGGGCCGAGUGGAGGAAUCCUGCACCCCCAAGGGCAACAAGCAGGGCCGAACAGAAGAGAUCUCAGAGAGUGAAGGGGAGGACACUAACGCUCCCAAAAAAACCAAAACCGAGGAGUUGCCCUGCCCUCCAUCCCCAUCUGAUGUUGACAGCCUUGAUGGCCACAGCUUCAACGAUGAGAUGAGCAGUGACCCACGGGACAUUGACCAGGAUAACAGGAGCACCUCUCCCAGUGUCUACAGCCCUGGGAGUGUGGAGAAUGACUCCGACUCCUCCUCUGUGCUGUCCCAGGGGCCGUCUCACUCCUACCACCACCCUCCGCUCUUCCCCCAGAGCCCACCGGUAGCUCCCCCUCCCGACAGCCUGGCCCGUCCACCAGAGCCCAGCUUUGGGCUCCCAGGCGAGGUGCACCCCCAAGGACCCCCUGCAGGAAGUUAUCAUUCACAGCUGGAGGGCCAAGCCUCCCGCAUUUUCCAGGCUCAAGCCCCACAGACACCCGCCUCCUCCUCCUCCUCCUCUGCUGUUGCUGCCCCUUCUGCUCCCCCUUCCUCUUCAUCCUCUUCCUCCUCUUCUUCCUCCUCCUCUUCCCACACUCCCCUUUACCCUUCAACCAAUGUGGUCCAGGUUGGGACCAAAAUUGCCAGUGGAGUGGGGGGGCUCCCAGCACCAGGGGGUCGCGAGCAGACCCUCAGCGCCAAGCACAAUCCACCACCCACCACCCCAAUCUCGCUGGCGUCAGUAGGAGGGGGGCUCCCCCCUCAAAAGACGCCCCCAGCCAACCCUCCAGCUGCCCCCCCAGCUUCAGCCCCUUCCUUCCCUCACGUCUCUGCCAACCUGCCUCCUCCCCCAGCCCUGCGCCCCCUCAACAACACAGUGGCUGCCUCCAGCUCUCCGGGGAUGGUGGGUCAGGGCCUGAGUGGCCACCUCCCCUCGCCCCACGGCAUGGGGCAGGACAAGGCACCAGCCCUGGCCCCCUCCCGCUACCCCUAUGCCCCACCACCUCUACCACCCUCCAGCUCCUCAGCUCAGUACCCCCAGCCCUCCCCGGGCCAGCCCCUGCCCAGUUACACCGCUUCCUACGGGCACUCCUUUCCCCCACCCAGUGGCCUCUCUGUCUCCAGCCAGCCCCCCAAGUACACCCAGCCCUCCCUGCCCUCGCAGCCCGUCUGGAGCCAGGGGCCACCCCCUUACAGCCGGCCCUUGGGCAAUGCUGGCUCCCACCCUGCUGCCCCCUUCCCCGGCCAGUCCCCCCAUCACCAGCAGCCGCCCCAGCAGCACCACCACAGCCAUGGGAGCAGCGGGGGUGUCUCCCCAGCAGCUGCAGCUCCUCCCCAGCCCCCUGGCUACCCCCAUGGCCUGGAGUCUAACAGCCAUCACCCUUCCCAUCCCACCUACGGGCUGCGCCUCUACCCUCCCCACAGCCAGGCUGCCUACAGCCAGGCUCCCUCGGCCACCGCAGCCACAGCCCCCUCUUCCUCCUCCUCAUCCUCCUCCUCUUCUUCUUCCUCAUCCUCCUCUAGCCCCGUGCCUCCUGCUCGCAGCCCCUCGCCGCCCCCCAAGGUGGUGGAUGUGCCAAGCCAUGCCAGCCAGUCAGCCAGAUUCAACAAACACCUGGACCGCGGCUUCAACUCCUGCUCCCGCACUGACCUGUACUUCGUGCCCCUUGAUGGCUCCAAGCUGGCCAAGAAAAGGGCAGACUUGGUGGAGAAAGUGCGGCGAGAGGCUGAGCAGAAGGCGCGUGAAGAGAAGGAGCGGGAACGGGAACGGGAGCGGGAGAAGGAGCGAGAGCGGGAGAAGGAACGAGAGCUGGAGAGGAGUGUGAAGAUGGCCCAGGAGGGCCGUCCAGUCGAGUGCUCGUCCCUUGGGCCAGUUCCCCACCGCCCCUCCUUCGAGCAGGGCAGUGCUGUAGCCACUGUUCCCCCAUACCUGGGCCCUGACACCCCAGCUCUGCGCACCUUGAGUGAAUACGCACGGCCCCAUGUCAUGUCCCCCAGCAACCGCAACCACCCCUUCUACGUGCCGCUGGGGGCAGUCGACCCAGGCUUGCUGGGGUACAACGUGCCAGCCAUCUACAGCAGCGAUCCAGCGACGCGGGAGCGGGAGCUGAGGGAACGGGAAGCCCGCGAACGAGACCUGAGGGACCGGGACCUGCGUGAACGUCUCAAGCCCGGCUUUGAAGUCAAACCAGCUGAGUUGGAGCAGCUCCAUGCUGUGCCGGCUGCUGCCAUGGAUCCGUUCCCACGCCAUGGCGGGCUGAGUCUGCAAACAGCCCCUGGCCUUCAUCCCGCUUUUCCCUUCCACCCAGGGCUGGGCCACUUGGAGCGGGAGAGGCUGGCGCUGGCAGCUGGCCCCACUCUUCGUCCCGACAUGUCCUAUGCUGAGCGCUUGGCGGCUGAACGCCAGCACGCCGAGCGAGUGGCUGCUCUCAGCAAUGACCCUCUGGCCCGGCUGCAGAUGCUCAAUGUGACACCUCAUCAUCAUCAGCAUUCCCACAUCCACUCCCACCUCCAUCUCCACCAGCAGGAUGCCAUACACGCAGCCUCAGCCUCUGUUCACCCUCUUAUUGACCCACUUGCCUCGGGAUCACACCUCACCCGGAUACCAUACCCAGCUGGAACCAUCCCCAACCCUCUCCUGCCUCACCCUCUUCAUGAGAAUGAAGUGCUUCGCCACCAGCUUUUUGCUGCACCCUACAGGGACCUGCCGGGCUCUCUCUCCGCGCCCAUGUCAGCAGCACACCAGCUGCAGGCCAUGCACGCGCAGUCGGCUGAGCUGCAGCGCCUGGCCCUGGAGCAGCAGCAGUGGCUUCACGCCCAUCACCCCCUGCACGGCGUGCCACUCCCAACGCAGGAGGAUUACUACAGCCACCUGAAGAAGGAAAGUGACAAACCCCUUUAAAUGGACUUCUGCUGUCAACAUGACAUCAUCAUGUCUUUCUCUUAAGAGGAACAAUCAAUCAACCGAAUCCUGAUGAAGGGGAAGCUGCAAAGUGACACAUCCUGAUCCCACCAUGCAGUAAGAGUACAAGAGAAGACAGACAAAAAGUACAGGGUGGCAUCCUGGGAACAGAAAGUGGAGGAGAGAAAAUGGGGAGGGACUGAAACACCACUAACGGACAUGAAACAAUCGGUACGUGAUUUCAGCUGAGCUCUGAAGAAAAGAGAAUCAGCACUGCACAGAGCUCAGAAAGACAAAGACUGACAUGAAUUCAGGGUGGCAGCAGCUCCAUCCUUUAUUUUGGGGUAACACUUGCAUUAAAUAAAAAGUGCAGAGCAUUGCAGGACUUCAUGUACAGGAUGGUGCUGCCUUUUCUACUUCCGUGAGGAGGAGGUGCAGCCAAGAAGUAACUCCAAACCCAACAGAGCCUUUUUUCAAGAUGCCUCCUCAACACCCCACCCCCCUUUAAGUGUAAGAUACUGCUUAGCGAUACAGAAGAGCAACGUGGAACUUUUUCAGAUUAGCCAGAGCAGCUUCCCAUUCUCCGACAUCCCUUCAGAUGCAAACAAAGUGUUACAGGACCCCUUUCUAAGUGGCCACUCCUGCCUACGGAGGGUCUGGGGUCUGGUCCCAGCCAUCGGGGUGCAAAGCACCGCAAGACUGUUUGCUGGAUAGUGGCUGUGCUUUCCUGUGGCUGAUGGGAAUGGGCACGGCCACGAGGUGCAAAGCACCAGGAGACUGUUUUCAAGACUGCGAUCACCACUGCGACCCCUCUGAGCCCCACGGGGAGAGAUGAUGUGGCUGAGCAGUGACACUGAGUCCUGGGACUGUAAGAGGGUGGCUGCCCCUUUCCCCUCACCCAUCCUAAUUGAUGUACUUUAACUCAUGCACAUCCUAUUAGACGUGGCAGUUUUAUGUAGCAACUUGUGACUCCCUUGCCCCUGCGUGCGUGUUCUGAUUUCACAGUUGUAUCUCUCGAUUGGUCCCCCAUAUAUAUAUAUAUAUAUUUACUUAACCAUUAAAAGGAAAAACAACCAACAACACAGCUAUGGAAAAAAAAAA